CAUGGAUCAAAGUUUGUUACUGAACAAUGUUUUGUUUUCUCUCCAUACUAAACAAUGUCCGGCAGAUCAAGUUUAUUGAUUUCCUUAGGCUUCCGCUGAACGACGCCGCAAAACUAAGCGACGGUCACCACCUCUUCUCCCAUCUCUCCGCACCCAAUCAUGGUUGACAGAACAAGCCAGCGUAAACCAGUUCUCCUUUUAGCAUAUCAGAGUUUUGGAAUAGCGUUUGCUGACUUGAGCAUUUCUCCUCUUUAUGUUUAUAAGUGUGCUUUGUCCGGCCACUUGUAUCACUAUCAAACUGAGGAUGUAAUAUUUGGGGCAUUUUCCUUGAUUUUCUGGACUUUUACUCUUCUUUCACUGCUCAAGUAUAUCAUUCUUGUCUUGACUGUUGACGAUAAUGGUGAAGGAGGAAUUUUCGCUUUGUACUCGCUUCUUUGUAGACACGCCAAGUUUUCUCUGCUCCCCAAUCAUCAUACAGCUGAUGAGGAGCUUUCCACUUAUCAUCGCAUGGGUUACUCAAAUAGACAUUUGCAUUCCUCUGCAUUCAAAAGACUUGUUGAGAGACAUAAAAAUUCCAAACAUGCUUUGCUCCUCUUGGUUUUAUUUGGUACUUCCCUUGUUAUUACUCUUAGCGUCCUUACACCAGCAAUUUCAGUCAGUUCAUCCCUUCAAGGGCUGCUACUUCGAUCAAAGAAUAUGCACCAUGGUAUUUUGAUUACAAUAAUUUGUGCUCUAUUGGUUGGGCUAUUUGUUCUGCAGCAUCGUGGUACCUCGAGGGUUGCCUUCCUAUUUUCUCCUAUUGUAAUCUUAUGGUUACUUUCCAUUGCUGCUGCUGGUAUCUACAAUACUAUUAAGUGGAAUCCAAGAGUAGUCCAGGCCCUUUCUCCUCAUUAUAUAUACAUGUUCUUUAGGGAUACAGGCAAAGAUGGUUGGAUCUCUCUUGGAGGAGUGCUUUUAUGCAUUACUGGAACUGAAGCUAUCUUUGCAGGACUUGGCCAAUUCACAACUAAAUCAAUAAGGUUUGCAUUUUUUGGUCUCGUGUAUCCAUGCCUAGUGCUUCAAUACAUGGGUCAGGCUGCAUUUCUUUCAAAGAAUUUUUAUGCUGUACCGAUAAGCUUUUAUGCUUCCAUUCCAGAUAAAUUUUUUUGGCCGGUUCUUGUGAUUGGAACAUUUGCUGCAAUUGUUGCAAGUCAUGCUGUUAUUUUUGCCUCAUUCUCAAUCAUCCAGCAGUCCUAUUCAUUAGGGUGUUUUCCCCGUGUCAAGAUUGUGCAUAAACCAAGAUGGCUCCAUGGUCAAACAUAUAUCCCCGAGAUAAAUUGGGUCCUCAUGGUGCUAACCCUGGCUGUUACUGUUGGCUUUCGAGACAUAAAACAUAUAGGAAACGCUUAUGGUGAGCUGUCUUUUGUCAAUAAUGUAAAAUAAAGGAAUCACUAAAAGGGGAUUUUCUAAGCAUAUAUUUUCUCAUUUCUAGUAUUCAGGUAGCAGGCCUUUGCUGCCUUGUUAAUAAAUUCCUCCCUUCUCAAAAUACAUAAAGGUGGAUGGGUUACUUUUGUACUCUCUGCAAUCUUCUUGAUUAUCAUGUAUGUGUGGCACUAUGGCAGCAGGAAGAAGUAUUUAUAUGAUCUGCAUAACAAAUUAUCCAUGAGAUGGAUCCUUACUCUGGGUCCUAGCCUCGGGAUUGUUAGGGUCCCCGGGAUUGGCCUCAUUUAUACAGAGUUGGUAAGUGGAGUUCCAGCCACAUUUAGCCAUUUCUUAACCAAUCUUCCAGCAUUUUACCAAGUGGCAGUCUUUAUCUGUAACAAGACAGUUCCUGUUCCGUAUGUCCCUCAUAAGGAGAGAUAUCUCAUUGGCCGGAUUGGCCCCAAAUCUUACCGAAUGUACCGCUGCAUCGUUAGAAAUGGUUACAAAGAUGCCAGUAAAGAUGGAGAUGAUUUUGAAAAUGACCUUGUUACAAGCAUAGUAGAGUUUAUCCAGCUGGAAUCAGAAACUGCUGGGACAUCGGAUGGCUCUAUGGAUGGGCGACUGGCGGUUGUGAAGACAUCUGAACAGUUUGGGAAAAGAUUAUUAAGGUCAAAAUCGGUGGAUAUCAAAGAAAGUAGCAGCAGUUCAAGGCCUUCAACAAAUGUGAGCAGUGGAAAAUCAGCUGCACUGAAGAGGCUGCAGGCUGAAUACGAGCAGGAACUACCCCAACUCAGCUUAAGAAGGCAGAUUCAGUUUCAGCUGCUAGAUACUAGAUACAGAGAUCCACUUGUGAAGGAAGAACUGUUUGAGCUUGUGGAAGCAAAGCAUGCAGGGGUGUCGUACGUAAUAGGGCACUCUCAUGUGAAGACAAAAUGGACUGCACCAUUCCUGAAAAGGUUUGUGAUCAAUGUGGCGUACUCUUUCUUGCGUAAAAACUGCCGUGGACCUGCUGUGAUCUUGAACAUUCCUCAUAUUUGCUUGAUUGAAGUGGGCCUAAACUACUAUUUGUAGUGCAAUAUAUUGGUGGCACAUUUUCUAGGGAUGUAAAUGCAAUCCAUUGUAUUUAAACGAGUUAAAACUCGAUUUCCUCCUCAUCACGUUCAGAGUCAAUUAUCUUCUUCUUUUUCCUUAAUUGUUAUUUUUUGUAGAAAGCAAUUUCUUUUGAUAUUAGAUACUGUGUGAACCAUAAAUGAUUGAAUUUGUUUUUGGUGAAGAUAGGCAGCUGCUGUAUGUGGAGCAGAAAUUUUUGAAUGAA